AGGAAAACUAGUUGCAGUAGUGAUCCCCGGGGUGGGUGGGUCCCAAUCACCACGACACAGCGCGUCCUCGGGUUGCGGAUAGAGGAAAAGCCUCGCUAUCUCGGUUGAGGAUAGAGGUUAGCUGCGAAUAAAUUGAAUAAGCAGUCGCGGACAGCCGAUUGGAAUGGUCCUCCUGUUUGGGGGUUGGGCGUGGGUUUGAUAGGCUCACACCGUGAAACGACUUUAUCUUGAAACAACCAAAACUCGCCAUGGAUUCUUCUGGGGUAAAAUUUUCCGGAGGUAAACUAGUCCCCCGUUCGGAUCUCCGGGUGGGGACUACCUCGGGGAACUCAUGUCGUAUAAAGUCAAAACACGGGAGAGACAUCAAAGUGGGUACGUGGAACGUCCGAAGUCUUUACAGACCUGGGGCGUUUCAAUCGAUGGUCGGGGAGGUCGAAAGGUACGGGGUAGAAGUUGUCGCGUUGCAAGAAACAAGAUGGGCCGGGGAGGGUUCGCUUAAUGCGGGUUCGUACACGCUUCACUAUGGAGGGUCGGAGAUCCAUAGUCUUGGCAUCGGUUUUAUGAUUAAUAGGAAAAUCUUAUCCGCGGUAAAAGACAUUAAAUUUAUAAACGAAAGAUUAGGAUUGCUCGUUGUGCAGGGCCGAUGGUACAAGAUCGCGAUAAUCAACGUACACGCGCCGACGGAAGAUAAAGAUGGCGAAAUUAAAGACGGGUUCUACGAAGAACUCGAACACCUCGUGGAUCAAUUACCGAACGAUUACAUGAAAAUAGUCGUGGGAGAUUUUAACGCGAAAAUCGGUAAAGAGGACAUUUUUAGACCAACGAUCGGGCUCGAAAGUUUGCACGAGGAAAGUAACGAUAACGGAGUGAGGGUAAUUAACUUUGCGACCGGCAAAAAUCUUAUCGUCAAAAGCACGUAUUUUAAACACAAAAAUAUCCAUAAACAAACUUGGAUUUCCCCGGAUGGAGGCACGCGUAACCAAAUUGAUCACGUUCUUGCAGAUAAACGGCGUCACACGAACGUACUCGAUGUCAGGUCUUAUAGGGGGGCGGAUUGCGACUCGGAUCACCUCUUUGUAAUUGCCAAAAUCAGGGAACGUCUUUCGCUAAACAAAACUAACGGGCAGUUGUUUGGAACUAAACGUCUAAAUGUACAAGGUUUGAUCGAGGGAGAAAACGGAAUAAAAUACGCGGUCGAAGUAACGAAUAGACUCGCGGCUUCAAAGGAAAUAGAUGAAUCGGAUGAUAACACGGUUGAUAAACACUGGGAAAACGUACGAGACGCGAUAGUAAAAUCGGCGGAGGCCACGGUUGGUUUUUGUAAAAGGAACAAAAACAAGCCGUGGUUUGACGAAGAAUGCGUAAAAAUUGUUAAAGUACGAAACGAAGCGCGCAUCACGUGGUUGGCUCAAAAUACGAAGGAAACUCGGGAUCAGUUUCUUAAGAUUAGGCAAGAGGCUCAUAAUAUGUUUAAAAUUAAGAAGCGUCAAUACUUAAAACGUAAAAUUGAAGAAAUAGAUGAAAAUUGUAAAAGCAGUAACGUACGAGGCACGUACAUGGGGAUAAAUAAUUUUAGAAAGGGAUUCCAAGCUAGGACGGAAAUGGUGAAAGAUGAGAACGAUAAUUUAGUUACGGAUACAACGGCAGUUUUAAACACAUGGAAAAAUUAUUUUGAUCGGUUAUUGAAUGUCGAAUCUGAAAACGACCGGGAAAUAGAGAAUUUUGAGUAUCACACGGCUGAACCUAGGAUUAACGAACCGACAAUUUCAGAAGUAGAAAGCGCGAUUAAAAAAUUAAAAAAUCACAAAGCACCGGGUAAUGACUUGAUUCCGGCGGAACUGAUUAAAUGGGGGGGAAGUAGAUUGAUAGAAGAAAUUCAGAAAUUAAUUAUCUUAAUAUGGAAUAAAGAAGCAUUGCCGGAACAAUGGAAAGAUUAUGAGAUAAUUGGAGAUCAUCAAUGCGGCUUUAGGAGAAAUAGAUCGACUGCGGACCAAAUCUUUACUAUUCGGCAAAUCUUGGAGAAAAAAUGGGAAUUCGACCAAUCGGAAUCCGCGGCCGUGCGGGCCGGCGGAACAAGAGCCGCAGUUGUGCAACAUUCCGGCGAAUCUGAUCCGCUGAUUCAGUCAUCAGGACGCUCAACGAUAUCAACACAAAAUGAAUGGCAAAACGUCGAAAAUAAGAAAAUAAAGGCAAAUCAGAAGAAACAUGAACAAACUAGCCCGGAUGAAAAAAAUACAGGUCGUAAUGCCAAACAAACAAAACUUGUUGAUUACUGGCUAGGCUCCCCACCAGUCUCUACAGCAAACAGUUUCGGAUUAUGGAAAGCCAUUAAAGUCCCGCCUAUGUUUAUUUCGGGAGUCGGUAACAUCACUCCAUUAAUAAACCUGCUUAAUGCUAUCGCUAAAGACAAUUACUAUAUUAAAGUGCAAAGCCAAGAGCAGGUUAGGGUUCAAGCAAAGACUAUUGAAACCUACGAUAAAAUAAUUGAAUCAUUAAAAGAAAAAAAUACAGAAUAUCAUACGUACCAAAAGAAACAAGAAAAAUCUUUUAAAGUGGUGCUAUGUCAUAUACAUCAUUCUACAGAAAUAGAGAGCAUAAAAGAGGAAAUAGAAAGCCAUGGACAUAAAAGAUACGGUCAUACGAAGAACUUUUGCUCCCGUGCACCACGAUGUGUUAAGUGCACAGGCAACCAUCGAAUAUCAGAUUGUUUACGCAAAGAAAGAUCCGAUCAAGUAAAGUGCGUGCUGUGCGAAGGGAAUCAUCCUGCCAAUUAUAAGGGUUGCGAAAUUUACAAACAGUUACGCAAUGCACAUUUUCCAACCUUGAGAAAUAAACAAACAACUAAGAAUCAAAAUGCUGUGACAAGUGUCUCACAAACUCCGCAGCCUACAUCACAACCAAAGUCGGGUGAAUCUAUUCGUACUGGUUCUACCUAUGCGCAGGCAGCAUCUGGCCAAAGGAUUCAAGACAACUCAAUGAACAAUUCUACACCCAACCAACCAUAUAUAAUCCAGCAAUCUAACGAUCUUCAGGAAUUAAAAUCCAUGAUGAAAGGGCUCAUGGAACAGAUGAGUACUAUGCUAAAUCUACUUACCACAAUAGUCUCUAAAAUGCCACAAUGUUGA